UCUGGUAUGUACAUUAUUACACAUCCUUUUACAAACAGGGAGAAAAAACUCCAAAUUGCGGGAUCAUGUCAAAUAACUUUAAUUAUGAUUUUCAACUUGGCCAGCCCACAUCUGGUCCUGGACCUCCAUUGCUACCACCAGCCCCCGGAUCGGGACGAGAAGAUUACAUAUAUCAUCCCGGAAUUGGAUAUGUAGGGAAUCCCCGACAGUCCUUUGUUGUAGAGGCGUCUUAUCCUCCUCCACCACCACAAUCAGUACGAGACGAUGGUCACCUUGUGAGCGGUCCUUACCCGAACCAUGUACCCUUAGUACCUACAACCUUUACUAAUGCCGCCGAUUUUAGCACGCCUUCGUUACCACAGGAAUUGCCACCACCCCCAAUUUUAAGCACGACUGCCUACGCGCAUAAAAGAAUGGGAAAGGAGAAGAUAACCAAAUCCGUGGGAUAUCCCCCACUUCCGGAAAUGGUGGGGAGGGCGUUCGUUGGAGAGGGCACGUCGCAAGGGCGACGGGACGGCUGGGUCACCCACAUGAUCGCAAACUCGUCCGGGAUUAUCAACUCGGACAUAUAUUUCGAUACCAUCAACGUUCUUGGAACCAUUCCUAUCGUGGGGGACAAUGUGUCCUGUCAGGUUGAAAAAGUGACCGGAAUGCCGUUCGAAUUCAUUGGGCAUCGCGUUCAAAUAAAUGGUGCGAGGGGACAAAUUAAAAAUCCAAGACAGAUUGGAAACACGAUGGAGGCUGACUAAAGAUCUUAACUCAUCGGGUUUAUUUUGUCUUAAACGGGAAUUAAAUUCUGACCUGAUGGAAAAAAUAUUAUGGAUUCCGUUUAUUGGGAAACUUGUAUAAAUUGUAAAUUAUUAUUUAAAUAAGUACUUUUAACAUUUAUGUAUCUAUUUAAAGUAAAAAUUUAUGUCAGCCUUUUCGUAUAUAUAAAUUACAACUUGUAGAAUGUGGGGAAGCAAAAAUUAGCGUGAUGACAAGUAAUUACAAACCUUUCAUAAAUGUACAUUAAAUACAUUUUUACUUGUCAGACUAUGUAUUAAGUAGAUGCACAUACAUCUGCUUAAUGAUAUCCAAGAAAAAUCAGGCUGCUUACAUAUGUAACAAGGCAUUGGCUCGUAAUAAAUAAAUUCCUCGAAAACGGUCUUGUACAAAAAUUAUAUAAUAAUAAACAACUUGAUGAUGAA